GCAGGCGACGUGCACGACGCACUUGCAUGACGAUAUGCUGCCGUCCGACCGUGCAAGGGCCGCCCAACAUAAAACAUUUUUCUUUUAUUUGUUGUAAGCACAACGAAGACGCUUGCAACUGCGAUUUUGCCACUUGGCGCACUGGCGACUGCCCAAUGCGCUACUUCCCUUCGAUGCGCAGCUCCUGGCAGUCCCAGCUUACCAGCUAACCACCCAACUGGCCGGAAGACGCGAAGCGAGUCCGGCGAGACCAACGGAACUGAAACUAAGCUGCUAACUGAGAUUCCCUUCUAUUUGGUAUUUGGUCGCGCAUAAAAUGGAACGGAGUGGACAAAUGUCGAGAGCCCUGAGAGAAACACAAAAGCACGGAACCUGAGCAACACACCAGUGAUAUAAUAGUAGUCUACGGAAGCCCCCGAUCCACGGUACUUCGCAUCCAAUCUCACCCAAGCCUUUUGGCAAGAUGGCCGUGCAGCUGAAACAGAGCUACCACCACCUGCCCCUCACGAUCACGCCGAUCCUGCAGCAGACGCACAUCGUGCAGCAGGCGCCCAAUCCCCCCCAGCAGCCACAGCCGCCAAAGCCGCCGGAUCUCACCUUCCACUGCAUGUGCUGUGCGGAGUUCUUCGUCCAUCCGCUGGCCCUGUACCAGCACAUGAACACCCUGCACCCCAACGAGCCGAGCAACGGACAGCAGGAGCAGGAGAGCCCGGGCGACGAGGGCGAGGACUACAGCUGGAUCUUCGAGCCGGUGUGCGAGCUGGCGGAGGAUGGCAGCGGCUCCUCGGAUGGGAGCGAUUCCUCGGGCUCCGACAGCUCCUCCUCGUCGGACGACGACGACGAUGACGACGACGACAGCAGCUCCAGCUCGAGUUCCAGCAACUCGAGUUCAUCGAGCUCUGUGCCGACCACCAGCAACUCCAACACCCAGCAGAGCCAGGAAUCAGCGCAGCCACUGCGCGGCCUGGUGGCCGGACCCGGCUACAAUGAGUUCCAGCUGCAGAUGGCCGAUCCGCGGGAGUCCACCUCCAUUUUCAUGGUGCAGCCGACCGUGAGCCUCACGCCCUUGCAGCAGCUGCUACCGCCAGCACCCACUGCUGGCCUGGGUCUAUCCCUGCAAUCGACGCCCAUCAAGAGGCGGCGGGGAAGGCGGAGCAACAUCGGUGCCCCAGUGAUGGAUCCAGCGCUGAAUGGCAACCAGAAGUGCUUCCAGUGCACCCACUGCGAGGCCAGCUUUCCCAACGCCGGCGAUCUGUCCAAGCACGUGCGCUCGCACAUCACCAACAAGCCGUUCCAGUGCUCCAUCUGCCAGAAGACCUUCACGCACAUCGGCAGCCUGAACACGCACAUCCGCAUCCACAGCGGCGAGAAGCCGUACAAGUGCGAGCUCUGCCCAAAGGCCUUCACGCAGUCCAGCAGUCUGAUGGUGCACAUGCGCUCCCAUUCGGUGCGCAAGCCGCAUCAGUGCGUGCAGUGCGACAAGGGAUUCAUCAACUACAGCUCGCUGCUGCUGCACCAGAAGACGCACAUCGCGCCCACGGAGACGUUCAUCUGUCCGGAGUGCGAGCGGGAGUUCAAGGCGGAGGCGCUGCUCGACGAGCACAUGCGGAUGCACACGCAGGAGCUGGUAUACCAGUGCGCCAUCUGUCGCGAGGCCUUCCGCGCCAGCUCGGAGCUGGUGCAGCACAUGAAGAACCACAUGGGCGAGAAGCCCUUCACCUGCUCCCUGUGCGACCGCUCGUUCACCCAGUCGGGCAGCCUAAACAUCCACAUGCGCAUCCACACCGGCGAAAAGCCCUUCCACUGCAAGCUGUGUGCCAAGUGCUUCACCCAGGCCUCCAGCCUGAGUGUCCACAUGAAGAUCCAUGCGGGCGAGAAGCCCUACCCGUGCCCCAUAUGCGGCAAGUCCUACAGCCAGCAGGCGUACCUCAACAAGCACAUUCAGGCGCACCAGAUGGCGUCGGCAGCCUCCGCUUCCUCGUCUCCCGGCUUGCUGGUGGCCAAGCAGCCGCACGAAACGCUCGUUUGCAUUGUCUGCGGAUCGCUGCAUGCGGAUGCCACUGCGCUGGCAAGCCACGUGCACAGCCAGCAUGCAGCGCUGCUGGACACGAUGAAGCAGUCCGGCCUGAACACGGCGCAGGGCGGAGCGAUUUCAGAGGGCAUGUGCAGUGCGGAGGAGCAGCAAGCCUAUAUGGAGCGGGUCCAGUGCGUCUUGCAACAGAUGAACCAUCAGCAGCAGCAUCAACAGAAUCAGCAGCAGCAACAACAGCAGCAGAUGCAGCUGCCACAGCAGCCCAAGCUGCAGGCCAUGGACUCCACCGGCGAGGACGAAGAAGAGCCCGACGAAGCGGAGGAACCACCGGAUGAGGAGGAGGAAGAUGAGCCAGAGGAGGCGGCAGAGGUGAAAACUGAAGUGCUGGGUGCAGAUGACACACUCACCAAUCCGGGCUAUCCCAUUCCUGGGCUCCAGGAGGAGCACAUCCUGCUGGACUCUGACAUGUACUACGAGGACUUCGCCGACAUGGACGUGGGCUGCCAGGAGGAGGUGUUUGGCGACUUUGCCGUGAACGAGGAGGAGGUUUACACCGAUGAGCUCAUCUAGAUCUAAGUACUAAGAUUUGGCCAUAGUUUACGAGAGUAUUUCAUAUUUACAUUGAAAGGCACGACAGCUCUUAACUACGUUUGGGUCACAAAAUGUGCUGACCUCCAUUUUGUAUACAAUUAGUUUGGUUUAAUAGCAGAAAAAGUCGUGAGGUAUUACCGGAGAACAGAAAAUAACUCGUCGGGAGUGCUCCAAGAAGUACUUAACUCACAGUUUAUCGCUGUUAGGUUACCAUUUAGGAUUCCCGGAGCACACCACAAAUCUUCAAAGUUCCAACUCGGUCCGCGAAAGACCAGUAACUCUGCAAUGGAACCACAAAAACCCUUUUUUUUUUUUUACCAAUAAGAUCAAAAGCGAUUUUGUGAGCAUUCCCUGUACAACGUGUUGCACACUUGGGGCAACCAAAGCGAAAUUCCAGUUUGUAUCUCAUAUCACACAAAGCCCACGCGAGAA